AUGGGAUUGGAUCAAAAAUACUUAGAGAAUAGCUCAUGGAAGCCAAACUUGUUCAAAGGGAAAACUGUGUUCGUCACAGGAGGGGCUGGAUCUAUUUGUAGAGCUCAAACAGAAGCGUUAGUUUUAUUGGGAGCAAAUGCCGCAAUUGUGGGCAGAAACCCUUCCAAGACAAUUGAGGCAGCUAAGCAAAUUAGCAUGUUACGAAAGGAAUCAAAGGUUAUAUCUUGCGAGGAUACUGAUGUGAGAGAUAUGAAAUCUUUAAUAAAAGCAGUAGACAAAACAGUCAAAGAGUUAGGAAGAAUAGAUUAUGUUAUUGCGGGUGCUGCAGGUAAUUUCUUGUGUGACUUUAAUCACUUGUCAUCCAAUGCUUUCAAGUCAGUGGUGGAGAUAGAUCUUUUGGGCUCGUUCAAUACUGUCAAAGCUUGUUUUAAUCAAUUGAGGAAAAACAAAGGAGCAAUCCUCUUUGUUAGUGCGACAUUACAUUACUACGGUGUUCCUUUCCAAAUACAUGUGGGGGCAGCCAAGGCUGGAGUCGAUGCCUUGUCAAAUGCUUUAGCAGUAGAGUUAGGUCCUUUAGGUAUCAGAAGCAAUUGUAUCGCUCCUGGUGCAAUUGCAGACACUGAGGGAUUUGAGAGACUAGUUCCAAGCUUAAGCGCAUUUGAGAAAAAGGUACCAUUGCAAAGAGCUGGUUCCGUUACAGACAUAGCUGAUGCUACUGUCUAUUUAUUUUCACCGGCAGCAGACUACAUUACCGGUACUGUUCAAGUUGUUGAUGGAGGAAGCUGGCAUAUAGGUUUGACGAAUCCAGAUUCUUAUCCGGUAACCAUAAUUCAAAGAAAUAGUGAUUCAAAUGGCAAGUUAUGA